AGUCCAGCUUCACAAACUCCAUAAACAGCAUCUUCCAGAAUCGCAUGACAAGUGGAGCUAUAUGCGACAAUACUUCAGCCCAUAGCUUCACGAAGAUGUACCAAUCCCACAGAAUAAAAGAUGGUAGAUAUGGAGCCUACCUGCCCUUCACAAUCAGUGACUCAAUGGGUCUAGAAGGAGGUAAUGAGGGCAUGCAACGCCAAGAUCUAACCAAGAGCCUAAAGGGCUUCAUAAAAGAUGGAUAUAUGCUCGACAAAGAUGAAUCAUGUUCGGAGAAGGACGCAGGCUUUAACCAUUCUCCCACGCUCGAUGAUCAGAUCCACUGCCUAGUGAGUAUCAUACCAGCCACAAGCGCAAAAAUGAUUGAUCAGGACAUAUUUGAGAAGAUGCGACACGUUAGAUGCAAGGCCACUGAGAUGAAAAUCCCACAGGUUGCAUUGCUAACAAAGGUGGACAAUUGCAGUGAGGAGGUGAAGAAAGACAUCCAAUCGGUCUACAAAAGCAAGAAGAUCAAAGCACAGAUGGAGGUGUGCAGUAAUCGUCUGGGUGUCCCCAUGAACUUCAUCUUCCCGGUGAAGAACUACCACGAGGAGAUUGAUCUGGAUAACGACAUUGACGUGCUGCUGCUGUCUGCUCUCACACGCAUCCUUAACAUCGCCAAUGACCACGUGGAUCAGUUGCCACAGGACACACACACUUGAGUAAGAGGAAAUAUGAGAAACAGUAUUUUGUAAAUACUAAUGCAGAGCUCGUAGGGACUAAUUGCCCAUGUUAUGUUUCUGUACUACACAAAAUAAUGAAAAAAAAAUAGAACUGGGAAAUUUUGGAGCCUUCCUUGCUCCAAUGGUCUUCCUAAAAAUACAUGAAAGUAACUAUCAUCUGGACGACCGCUCUCUCUAUCU